AUGGAAUCAUGGAAAUCCACUGGUCUAUUUGCGCGUCUACAAGCAGUGAAAGCGGUGUUCAAGGAACUACGGACAGCUACUGCUCUGGCAGAGAUAGUGCAGGCCUACACGAAGGUGGUUUCUAAAAAGUGGGGAGCUUGUAUUGCCUGUGCUAUUGGGGGGAAAUUGUCUGAAGAAAUUAAAUUCACUGAUAACCUUGCUCGAGCUGUGGUCAUCAUCGGUCUUCCAUAUCCAAACGUUUAUUCUGCCUUUAUGAAGGAGAAGUUGAACUAUCUUGAGAAACGUUUUGGAAAUCGAAGCGGUGGCCAACGUUUUUGUGAAGCAAUUUGCAUGCUUUCAGUGAACCAGGCAAUCGGAUGUUCGACUCGACAUGAAAACGGCUAUGCAGUUGUCUUUCUAAUGGAUCAACGUUUCAUUAAUAAUCGACGUCUGCGUCAACAAGUACCAUCGUGGUCCCAGACCGCCUUCAAACCUUUUUUUCUCACUUUGAGACUUUGA